CCCCACUCUACUCGUUAUUCACAGGUGCGCUGCGUUUGCGGUUUGUUUGAUAGUUGUUGUUCAAUAAUUUAUAUUUCUUUUGUUGUUAUCGCUUCAGCGAAAUCAUGUCUGGUCCACCACAUAACUUUCCUGGGAACUUUCCCAUGGGACAGCAAAAUCCGAACCACCCAAUGCGUUCUCAGUUUGUCGGUGGACCUCAAAUGGGCAAUAUGAUGGGGCCGGCCCAACAAGGUAUGGUGAGUCCGCAGUCUUAUAACAUGGGAGGCAAUGUACAGCAAUCAGUUCCAAACAUGCAGCAGCAGAAUCCUCAAAUGGCAAUGCAAAUGCAGCAGCAAGUUAAGGUUGGACCAGGUAUUUCCCCUCAGGGGCAACAACAAGUUGCUCAACAAGGUGUCGGUCAAACAGCACAGCCCGGUGGCAACCACAUACCAAAUCCUGGAGCAGUUGUAGCUGUCACAUCUUCUGGACAAGAACAGAAUCAAGGAGGUCCUCCUGUGCCUGCACAGAAACCAGAUAUCAAUACUGCUGCUCUGUGUCGUUAUGGCAUGGAGGUAGUUCAAGAAAUCGUAUCAAGGAUGACUGAAGUUUUCACCCUUCUGAAAGCACUACAGCCACCAAAUGGUACUCCUGGAGCAAACCUUUGUAAUGAUAGAAAAAAUAAAAUUCAGGAAAUUUUGAUCCACAUCAAGCAAAAUUUUAAAAGAUUGGGCAUGAUCUAUACAAGGUGUAAUGAAAAUGCUCAACUACAAGGAAUGGAAUACAUGCAUAUUGAGAGCCUCAUUCCUCUGAGGGAUGAGUGGGAUCAAAAAGCAGAUGAGCGGAAAAUGUCUGAAUCCUACAGAAUGGCAUGUGAAGAAAGAAGAGAAAUUAUGGAGCAAGUAUUACUAAAAAACAAGCACUUAAAAGAAGUGAUAGAUUCAAUGAGACGCAUCAUUUGGGAAAUUAACUCAAUGCUCUGCAUGCGACGUUCCUAGAUUGAAAAAACAACAAAAACUUUAAGGCAAUAAGACAAGGAAAGACAUUUU